AUGACGCCACUAGAUUGGCCUGAAGCGUUUGUAGCACACCUAAUGUUUUUUUUGUUGAGAAGUUUCGAUUGGAAGAGCGGAAAAGCACAUCGAAGUGGGAAGCUCAGGAAAAAAGGUGACGAAAGUUGCGUGCUGAGGAUGUACUGGAUCGCCUCGAGGCACCUCGUUGUUGCUGAUUACAACAAGUUUGGAUACAUUUACAUUGUAUGUGCGACCGGAAAGUCUGCUCCCGAGAUGCUUUGUAACUGGAGCCCCGCAUGA